AUGACGACGAUGGUGCGCCCAGAGACUCUGGCAAAGAGAGGAAAGCUGCCACCUGAGAACGAGCGGUUCCUGCGCGCCUGCUCUGAUGUCGCAAAUGUCCUUAUCCAGGAGCAUGAAUCCAGUCGGGACCCUACCAAGCCGACGAAAGACAUCAACCUCAACAAACUGAGGGGUCAAAUCGCCAAGAAGCAUUCGCUGGGUUCACUGCCUCCGCUGACUGCAAUCAUUGCGGCUGUUCCUGAGCACUACAAGAAAUAUAUCUUGCCCAAGUUGAUCGCAAAACCAAUCCGAACUUCUUCUGGAAUUGCUGUCGUUGCCGUCAUGUGCAAACCACACCGCUGCCCACACAUCGCAUACACUGGAAACAUCUGUGUCUACUGCCCAGGUGGCCCCGACUCUGAUUUUGAAUAUUCAACACAAUCGUAUACCGGUUACGAACCGACGUCGAUGAGAGCCAUUCGAGCUCGCUACGACCCCUUUGAGCAGGCUCGAGGACGUGUUGAUCAAUUGAAGUCACUUGGACAUAGCGUGGAUAAAGUAGAGUACAUUAUCAUGGGUGGCACUUUUAUGUCCCUCCCAGAAGACUAUCGUGAUUCUUUUAUUUCCCAGCUUCACAAUGCGCUAAGUGGCUAUCAAACCGAUAACGUCGAUGAGGCCGUGCAAGCAGGCGAGAUGAGCAAUAUCAAGUGUGUGGGUAUCACUAUCGAAACACGGCCCGAUUACUGUUUGGACACACAUCUCAGCAGCAUGCUACGUUACGGCUGCACUAGAUUGGAGAUAGGAGUUCAGAGUCUAUAUGAGGACGUGGCAAGAGAUACAAACAGAGGACACACGGUUGCAGCUGUUGCAGAGACGUUUAAACUCGCAAAAGAUGCUGGCUUCAAAGUGGUCAGUCAUAUGAUGCCUGACUUACCCAACGUUGGCAUGGAGCGAGACUUGUUCCAAUUUCAAGAAUACUUUGAGAACCCAGCAUUCCGCACAGACGGGUUGAAAAUCUAUCCCACGCUUGUAAUUCGAGGUACUGGUCUGUACGAAUUAUGGAGAACAGGACGGUACAAGAACUACACGCCGAAUGCGCUUAUUGACAUAGUAGCUCGGAUUCUGGCGUUAGUGCCUCCGUGGACUCGUAUCUACCGAGUGCAGCGCGAUAUUCCAAUGCCAUUGGUCACUUCUGGUGUUGAGAACGGAAAUCUUCGAGAACUUGCUCUGAGCCGGAUGAAGGAUUUCGGUACAACAUGUCGGGACGUGCGAACACGUGAAGUUGGUAUCAACGAAGUCAAAAACAAGAUCCGCCCUUCCCAGAUCGAACUUGUUCGGCGUGAUUAUACGGCAAAUGGCGGCUGGGAAACAUUCCUAGCCUAUGAGGAUCCUAAACAGGAUAUUCUGAUCGGUCUUCUGCGUCUCCGUAAAUGCAGCGCCACCCAUACGUUCCGCCCUGAGCUUACGGGCCAACAAACCAGUCUCGUGCGAGAACUGCACGUAUACGGUUCUGCCGUUCCGUUGCACGGCAGAGACGCGCGCAAAUUCCAGCAUCGUGGAUUUGGUACACUCCUUAUGGAGGAGGCUGAACGUAUCGCGAGAGAAGAACACGGCAGCGAGAAGAUCAGUGUUAUCUCCGGUGUUGGUGUUCGAAGCUACUAUGCUCGUCUUGGAUAUACCCUUGAUGGGCCAUAUAUGUCGAAAAUGCUUGACAGUGAAGAGUGA